CAAGGCUUGGAUUGAUCUCUUGUCAGGAAUCACGUAUAGAUAAAAAGAUUCAAGGUUUAUUCUAGAUUCUUCGAGUGUUUGCCAUGGGAUACAGUUCAGAUGACGACAAGAUCCUCAGCUACAACGAUGUUGUCCUCAGGAGAUCAGAUUUGGACAUCCUAAACGGACCCAAUUUCCUAAACGACCGUGUCAUUGAGUUCUACCUAAGCUACUUAUCCACAGUCCACACUUCGCCAACCAUCUCACUAAUCCCUCCUUCCAUUGCCUUCUGGAUCUCAAACUGUCCCGACACAGAAUCACUCAAAGACUUCAUCAAACCCCUUAGUUUACUCGACAGCGACCUCCUGAUAUUCCCUGUCAACGACAAUACCAAUGUUGAGCAAGCAGAAGGAGGGUUACACUGGAGCUUACUCGUGUACUACAAAGAAUCCAACUCGUUUUUCCAUCACGACAGCUUGAUGGGACUGAAUAAAUGGAGUGCAAAACAGCUAUUCAAGGCGGUUUCUCCCUUUGUGUCUGAUGGAGAUGCGAUAUACAGAGAAUGUAGUGAUAUGCCUCAGCAGAAGAAUGGGUAUGACUGUGGGGUUUACCUUCUUGCAGUUGCUAAGGUUAUAUGCCAAUGGUUUAGCUCUGGAGGAGUGAAGGACCGGGAUGAGUUGUGGUUUACUGAUGUGAAGGAGACUGUACCGGAUUUGGUUAACCAUUUGAGGGAAGAUAUAUUGGGACUGAUCAGAAGCUUGAUGUCUGAGAAGAGUUAGUGAAUGAGAGAUGGUUACGGAUCAUUUUCACUGAAAAACAUAGAAUUCAUCAUUUAAAAAAUGAAUUUUUUUCAUUUUCUUGUGCAAAUCCCUUAUCAUUUGAGAUACUUUUGAUUGGGUUCUUUUUUUUUCAUAUAGGAGAUACUCAUGUAAGAAUCCUUGAAAGAUUGAGUUUGCAUAUUGGCCCUACAGUUACCCGACCGGUGGGCAUAAUUACACAUUGAUUUAGUGUCGCAUGUAUUCGUUCUUUCUUUGUAUUGACACUAUUUUAGACACGUCU